GCGGGCGGGCAGGAUGCGGCCCCGCCGAGCAUCCCCGCCGGCGGUGCUGCAUGGCUGCUGCCGGGGAGGUGGGGCCAGCCGCUGACCUGCCCGCACCGACACACAGGAGGGGAAACUGGGAGCGAGCCGCAGGUGCGGAUGGCUGCCUGGCUGCCGUGAAAAGCCAGGCCCGGAGGCACCAUGGAGCACAUCCGGAUGCCCAAGGUGGAAAAUGUUCGGUUACUUGAUCGUGUAUCCUCAAGAAAAGCUGCACUGGGAACCUUGUAUUUAACAGCUACCCAUGUCAUAUUUGUGGAGAAUGCUUCUGAAACUCGUAAAGAAACCUGGGUUCUCCACAGCCAAAUUUCCUCCAUUGAGAAGCAGGCCACAACUGCCACAGGUUGCCCACUGCUGAUCCGCUGCAAGAACUUCCAGGUCAUCCAGCUGAUCAUCCCUCAGGAACGAGACUGCCACGAUGUUUACAUCUCCCUAAUACGUUUGGCACGGCCAGUGAAAUACGAAGAGCUGUAUUGUUUCUCAUUCAAUCCAAAAUUAGAUAAAGAAGAACGAGAACAAGGCUGGAAGCUUGUGGACCUCAAUGAAGAAUAUAACCGGAUGGGUAUUCCAAACGAUUACUGGCAGAUUAGUGACGUUAACAGAGACUAUGGCGUCUGUGACUCCUAUCCUACAGAAGUGUACGUACCAAAGUCUGCAACUGCUCACAUCAUAGUGGGGAGCUCUAAAUUCCGGAGCCGAAGGCGUUUCCCAGCUCUUUCCUACUACUGCAAGGAUAACAAUGCAUCAAUAUGUAGGAGCAGCCAGCCUUUAUCUGGCUUUAGUGCUCGAUGUCUUGAGGAUGAACAGAUGCUCCAGGCCAUCAGAAAAGCAAAUCCAGGAAGUGAUUUCCUAUAUGUUGUUGACACUCGACCCAAACUCAAUGCAAUGGCAAACCGAGCAGCAGGGAAGGGAUAUGAGAACGAAGACAACUACUCCAACAUCAAGUUUCAAUUCAUAGGCAUUGAGAACAUCCAUGUCAUGAGAAAUAGUCUGCAGAAAAUGCUUGAAGUUUGUGAACUGAAAUCACCUUCAAUGAGUGACUUUCUGUGGGGCCUUGAAAAUUCUGGCUGGCUGAAGCAUAUCAAAGCCAUUAUGGAUGCUGGCAUUUUUAUUGCAAAGGCUGUGGCUGAGGAGGGUGUGAGUGUGCUUGUUCACUGCUCUGAUGGCUGGGAUAGAACAGCCCAGGUUUGCUCUGUAGCAAGCCUUCUGUUGGACCCAUAUUACAGAACUAUGAAGGGAUUCAUGGUUUUAAUUGAAAAAGAUUGGAUUUCCUUUGGUCACAAAUUUAACCACAGGUAUGGCAAUUUAGAUGGAGAUCCAAAAGAGAUAUCCCCUGUUAUUGACCAGUUCAUCGAAUGUGUCUGGCAGUUAAUGGAACAAUUUCCUUGUGCCUUUGAAUUCAAUGAGAGAUUCCUGAUCCACAUACAGCACCAUAUCUAUUCUUGCCAGUUCGGUAAUUUCCUGUGUAACAGCCAGAAGGAGAGACGAGAGCUGAAAAUCCAAGAACGAACAUAUUCACUGUGGGCUCACUUGUGGAAAAAUCGUGCAGAUUACUUGAAUCCUCUGUACAGAUCAAACCACAGCCAAACCCAAGGGACCCUGUACCCACAGAUGGCUCCAUGCAACUUCUUGUACAAGUUCUGGAGUGGUAUGUACAAUCGCUUUGAAAAGGGGCUGCAUCCUCGACAGUCAGUGACUGAUUAUCUGAUGGCAGUGAAGGAAGAGACUCAGCAGCUGGAAGAAGAGCUGGAAAUCUUAGGAGAGAGACUGGCCAAUCUUCAGAAAAUGCAAUUAAAUGAUAAUAAAAUCCAGAGUAAGCAGCAAGACCGAAGCAAACAAUUAGGGCUUUCUGCUUCCACCAACAGUUUAGCCAAUACUCCCCAGGAGUACAGCAGCGAUCUGAAAUCAUUCCCAUCCCGGAGCCCUUCACAAGGAGAUGAAGAUUCAGCCUUGAUUUUGACACAGGACAACCUGAAAAGCUCUGAUCCUGACCUCUCAGCCAACAGCGAUCAGGAGUCUGGUGUGGAGGACUUAAGCUGCAGGUCCCCAAGUGGGGGUGGCUGCUUGCCUAGCGAGGACAGUGGGAAGGAUUCAGAUGAAGCUGUAUGUCUGGCAGUGUGAAAUACCUUCUCAGCAGGAAAGGAACUAGAUGAAGCCAAGUCCUUCAUGGUCUGGAAUGAUGCAUUUUCAUCAGAUGAAGAAUGGGAGUGGUCUGUGGCCUAAAGAAAUAAUCCAAAGAAAGGGAACUGUGCAAUUGUGUAAGUAAAGAUUGAGCAGAACAAGCCAUUAUUAGUUUUUAGACAUAAUGCUAAUGAAAGGUAAUCUCCGCUGUUACAAAUAUUUAUUUCAAGCCAAUGUGGUGUUUGUUUUCACUUUAUCAAUGCUGCACAUAGCUAUUCCUUACUUUGUACAUUUCCAUAUUUAUUGUGCAAAAUAAGUUAUUCUCCAAAGACAUGAAAUUCCAAAGUACUCUUACAUAUAUGAACAAACUUAGUGCUAGGCUACUGGUGAAGCAGUCAGAACUUAUUUUUAUAGCUUUUGUUGCCUUCAGAUGUAUUGUGAGCGCCCUUUGUUUUUUUCCAUGAGAGGUGUUACUUUUUGAAUUCCAACAGUUAUUUAUUUUGCACAUUCUCCUACUAGAAUCCUUUAUGGCAGUGUAAAACUAACAAAUGAACAUGCUUGCUUAGGGAACAAAUGCAGCUUUGAUACCACAGAAGGAUUCCUUAGUAAGAAGCAUGUGAAUGCAUCCCGUUUGUACUCAACUCUCAACCAGUGCUGAAAGUUCAGUAGUUUCUGUGAACAAAACUUCAAGGACUAUAACAAUACUUCACACAAUCUUUGUGGUGAAACAUCCCUUUAAAAUUAAAGAUGUUAGGCUACCUACUAUAGCCUCUGUCUUUUGUUCUCAAACGUUAUUUAUAGUUUACCCUUGUUCAAAACUGCCUAAGUAAGGUAUACAUUUUUAAACAUAGUAAAAAUCCAGACUCUUCAGCCUAUUUUGACUCCUACUUGUCAGUCUUAUUUCAGUGGGAGCGAGGAAUAGUCCAAAAUCACUUCUAAAAGUCACCUACAAGUGUUGCUCCAAAUCCAGAAUUAGCAGAUGGUUAUGCCCAUAAAGGAAUUAUUGUAUUUCUUCCCAAUUUUAUUGUUCAGACUAACCUAAAAGUUGUUUUAUCUGCACACAAAAUUUCCCUUAUAGCAUUUGCCAACCUGAGCAAUGCUAAUUUAAGACUGAUUCAAAGAAUUAUAUUCUAGUAUUAAAUAUGGAAUAGAACAACACAAUAGAAAGUUCUGUCUUAAGUUUGGUUUAAUAAUUUUCAUUUUAUCAGUAGGCGCAAUAGCUUUCAUAAUUAUAGAUACGGAAAUAAACCAUUGAAAAAUGUUUAAAACUUGGGAUGUUUUGAAACUCACUAAAAGGCCUCCAGAUGAAGCCUCCUGCUCCUCGCCACCCCCCAAUUAAAGCAAAUUAGUUAAAUAUAUAAUUCAUGUCUGCUUUUAACUCCUUGAAGACAAUGAUGUAGCAUUGAGUUCUAAUAAAGCAAAACAUGGUAGUGAUGUAAGUUGACUUUGAUGGCGCUUCGUACUACUCCUUCAAGUACAGAUUUACAGGCAGAAUUAAAUUAUAUAAAUAUACCUCAAUUUAGAAGCUUUAGAUUUUAUUACUCAGUCUGCUUUUGUGGAAUGGCUCUUCAUUUUGUUCUAAGAACUUGUUAUUGAGUAGGUAAACUUCAGUAUGAUUACUAUCCUGAUUAAUAUCCUCUUAAGAGAGCUGCUGUCUUUGAAGAAAGAAUUUAAUUCUUAACAACAAGAUAAAUCUUAUUGUUAUACUGGAAAGGCCAGAUUCUCAGUUUGAUAAAUCCCUGUCACUCAAUUAAAAAUAGGGCUAUAACAACUUAACUUCUGCUGAGGAUCCAGCCUUCUAGUUUUUAAUCUUUAGGGCUUUUUAAUGAAUGAAAAUUCUGAUUUUAAUUGUACUUUUAAAAAUGUUUCGUAUUUUGAACAUGGCCUGUAAAAUUUAUGAGGAGAUUUUGAAUGGGUUUUCUCAAAGCAAAGAAAUAUAUUGUACAGUCAGCAAUGAAAGAAAACAUACAGCUAUCUUCCUAAAACUGAGUUUGAGACUCGGCAAUACCAUUGUGCAUCUUUAAAAUGUAAAAUUGUGUAUCAGGGUAUUGCACCUUAUUAAAUACGUUCAGAAACAAAUGCAGAACAGGAAUAUAGGCAUACUCAAAGCACUGUCCUCACGGAGCUAAUGCAAAUUCUUAGCUAACAUACUAACAUUUUAAAUGAAGUCUCUCCUUAGCAGCCCUCUCUGACGUGUCUGAGUCCUUGAAAUUCUGCAUUAUUACUAUUGUUUUCAUCAUGGUAAUGUAUGUAUUUGCGACAUUAUUAGCCUGCUGAGAAACACUUCCAAAUAAAUACUUAGAGUCA